AGUGCAUGAUGCUGUGGAUGUUGUACAGGUGUGACGAGGACAGGUGUGAGAUCUGUGCUCGCAGGAUCCAGGUGUGUUGGAGAUCUCAUCAGAACAGGAAAGUGUUUAAGCUGCUCAUGAACACCGUGCGCUCAGCUGUGAGGCUUCUGUACACUUUAUUACACUUUAUUACACUCACUGUUCACUGGCUGAAGGUCACUGAAGGUCACUACAGUCACAGCAAGGUGUGUGUGUGUGUGUGUGUGUGUGUGUGUGUGUGUGUGUGUGUGUGUGUGUGUGUGUGUGUGUGUGUCACUGGGUUUGCACAGGAAGAGUGUUUGACCCCUGCAGUCCUUCGACAGCUCAGUCCUCGAGAAGCAAAUCUGCUCAGAGACCCGAGUCUUCAAUGUAAAGUCCGAAUCAGAUUUUCAGGUCCUCAGUUUCCUCCUGUAAUUGUAUUUAAGAUUUUCCACACAGGAAGAGGAGGAAGUUACCUGUCCGGGAAAAAACUCUUCCAGCCGUCCAAUCAGGCCACCGCAGACACCUGUAGGAUGAUGGGAAACAGGAAGUUCAUGGACCUGAUGAUGGAGGACGAGAUGCACUGGCAGGGUCGUACCAUCUCACAUCCUGCAGACGUCACGUGUAUGAGAGACUACAUGCAGUACUCGAGUCACCUGGACGAGUUACCUGCGCAUGUGGGCGGGAGAGAGAACGCGUGGAGGCAUUUAUCUCUGAAGGUGCUGAGCCGUGAUGGAGGUACGGGCACCACAGACGGCCCCCUGAGGGAGGAGCUUUCAAGAGCAACGGUGAUGAGACGACCUGAUCGACCAAUCAGGUCCCCAGUUGCCCCUCCGUCCUCUGCAGUGUCCACUCCGGGACUCUGGACUCCAAAACGGCGCUUGGCUCGAGCUCGGGCGCUUGCUGACCGCAUGAGACGCGUUUACACACUGCGAGAGGAAGAGAAGGUUAAAGAUGGAGAUCAUGAGGAAAACAGGACUCUCAGGCUGGAUCACAUGACCGACGGUCAGAUGAACAGACCUCACGCAGCUGAUGACAAGUUCGUGUUUAUUCCUGCUGCGUCCGAAUGUUUGGCCAUAAGCGACGUUUCAGACUGCGAGUGGGAGGAAGAGGCGGAGCUACUCUGCUCCUGGUCCAAUCAGCUCACACUGGACUUGAUUUAAUUCAGCUCAGACUUCAAACCGCACAACAAUUCAGUUUGUUCUGUCUUUC